GAGAAGCAGAUAUUACCAGUGCUGAAGCUGAAUCUGUUAUUUCACAAAUAAGAGCUCCUGGAGGUGCUAAUAUUCUUCCUUCUCUCGUACAAUCCUGCUCCUCAUUGCCAUUCUUCAAGGGUGGAGGGGAUAGGUACGAUAGAUUGCUGUUUUGGAACCGGUUAGGGGACGUAGAGCGGUUCCCGCAUAUCCUUCGCUUUCAGUCAGUGGCGCAUUUGGCUUCUAUCGUAGCGAGUGAUGUAGACGAAAAACGGAGUGACUUUAUGACGGGGGGACUUCUGGUCAACCGUGAUAAACGGAAUUUUUUUGGAGGAGUAGUAAGUUGGUCUAGGUAGUGCAUGUGCAUCUUCGUGAUAGUACAAUAGAAGAAGAACAGUAGAUGCUGUAUGUGUGUCUCGAACAUGGAGAAAUCCCGUGUAGUGCCUCCUUCAUCAUGAUGUGUUGUAACUAAGUACUUAACCGCCUUAGUGAUCAUGGCUUAUUGGCUCUCUAUAAUCAUCUCUAAGACACGGCGUCACCACACCUCGCAG